GGCGGUGUCGUGGGGCAGUCGUAGCCCCGGAGAUGGCAGUGAGCGAGAGGAGGGGGCUCGACGGUGGGAGCCCCGCGCAGUACGGAUGGGGACGCUUGUCGUUGCUAGUGCUGAUGCUGAGCGGCUGCUCAGGUCGCAUCCACCGGCUGGCGCUCACAGUGAGCCUCGGGGAGAAGAGAGCUGACAUCCAACUGAACAGCUUCGGAUUCUACGCCAACGGGUCUCUAGAAGUGGAACUGAGCCUGCUUCGCCUGGGCCUCCAGGAGGCAGAAAAGAAGUCAUCAAAGGUGGGGUUCAGCCUGAGUCGCGUCCGAUCUGGCAGCGUUCACUCCUACUCGAGCCGGAACUUGCACGGAUGUCCUCUGGAGAGAAACAGCAGCAACUUCCUGGUCCUUUUCCUCAUUAAUAUCCAGGACCUGCAGGUCAAAGUCCUAAAAUUUGGAGAGCAGAGGAAGUUGCUCAUUUCCCCUGGUCUCCUCUCGGACGCCCCUGCCCAGUCGAGCCUCCUGAAGUCAGAGCCAGCAGACACCCCUAAGGGGAGCAGUGAGACUUCUGCAGUCAAGGAAGGUCAGGUAAAGCCUGGAGCACCCCAUGUUUCAGGAGAGAAAACUACCCCGGGGGUACAUGGACACUCAACAGAGGGCCAGCCACAGAGGCAUCCGCCCACACAGGACCUCGGUGGGAAGGAGACGGAGCUGGUGUUGGGGCUGGGCCACCUGAACGACUCCUACAACUUCAGCUUCCACGUGGUGAUUGGCUCCAGGGAUGAGGAAGGCCAGUACAGCCUCAACUUCCACAACUGUCACAACUCCGUUCCUGGCAAGGAGCAUCCGUUCGACCUCACCGUGAUGAUCCGAGAGAAGAAUCCGGAAGGCUUCCUGUCAGCGGCAGAAAUGCCCCUCUUCAAGCUCUACCUGACGAUGUCUGCCUGCUUCCUGGCUGCUGGCAUCUUCUGGGUGUCCGUGCUCUGCAAGAAUACAUACAGUGUCUUUAAGAUCCACUGGCUCAUGGCAGCCCUGGCGUUCACCAAGAGUGUCUCCCUGCUUUUCCACAGCAUCAACUACUAUUUCAUCAACAGCCAAGGCCACCCCAUCGAAGGCCUCGCCGUCAUGCACUACAUCACACACCUGUUGAAAGGUGCCCUUCUUUUCAUCACUAUUGCCUUGAUCGGCUCAGGCUGGGCCUUUGUGAAGUAUAUGCUGUCGGACAAGGAGAAGAAGAUUUUUGGAAUUGUGAUCCCCCUGCAGGUCCUGGCUAAUGUUGCAUACAUUGUCAUCGAGUCCCGUGAGGAGGGUGCCAGUGACUAUGGACUCUGGAAGGAGAUCUUGUUCCUGGUGGACCUCAUCUGCUGCGGUGCCAUCCUCUUCCCAGUCGUGUGGUCCAUCCGGCAUCUGCAGGACGCAUCCGGCACUGAUGGGAAGGUGGCAGUGAACCUGGCCAAGCUGAAGCUGUUCCGACAUUACUACGUCAUGGUCAUCUGCUAUAUCUACUUCACUCGCAUCAUCGCCAUUCUGCUGCGUGUGGCUGUGCCUUUCCAGUGGCAGUGGCUGUACCAGCUCUUGGUGGAGAGUUCCACGCUGGCCUUCUUCGUGCUCACCGGCUACAAGUUCCAGCCAGCUGGGGACAACCCUUACCUGCAGCUGCCCCAGGAGGAUGAGGAAGAUGUACAGAUGGAGCAAGUGCCUAGGUCUGGUUGGGGAUGGAGGACUGGGAUGGUCCCUUCAGCUCCUGGACCCUGCUUCUGCUGUGUGCCUCACCCAGGAUGACGGAUUCUGGAUUUCGGGAAGGCCUGUCCAAAGUCAACAAGACAGCCAGUGGCCGGGAGCUGUUGUGAUUUCCUUUCAUCCAGCCGCCACCCUCAGUCCUUCUGCACCCUGCACACCUGCUUUUGUCCCCUGGUGUGCAGGGAGACCUAGGGAUUCGUGCCAAGAUACACAAGGCGCGGGUCCCCAAGGAGCCUUCCAAAAAAUGACGCCCCUCCCCACUCCCCGACACUGCAUCCCUGUCCUCUUCAGCCUUUCAGUACAAUAAGGACCGGUCUUUUUUUUUUUUUUUUCAUUUCUUGAAUUUCCUGAUGCUGAGGGGUUUGAGUGCCUAAGACAAGCUGCAUCUAUGAUCUCAGAUCCUGGAUCCUCAGUCCAGGUGGUAGCACUUGCCUGUCAUCCUCUGAAGAUCCUCAUGAAACUUUGGGCUGAUCAGUAGACAAAUAAAGAUAAAACAGAAUUCAUAGUGA